GCGGCAGCCCGCCGCGCGCGCGCAGACCAGCGGACCGUCGCGAGGCUGGAGCGCAGAGUCUGUAUUCUGGGAGCUUCUCUUUUUGCUCGGGAAUCGCUCAAUUUCAGAGAGAUGGCCCAGGAGACCAAUCAAAGCCCCGUGCCCAUGCUCUGUGCCACCGGCUGCGGUUUCUACGGCAACCCUCGGACCAGUGGCAUGUGCUCGGUCUGUUACAAAGAGCAUUUAACACGACAAAACAACGGGGGAGUCAGUCCUAUUAGCACAAUGGCAGCUUCCAGCAGUGUCACCAGUAGUCCUACCUCUGAAUCCUCAGCCAUCCAGAUCAUCGAAGCUACACUAAACAGCUCCUCGUCUGCUAGCGCUAGUGUUGAGUCACCCAACUCCGCCGCCGCCACUGCUGCCCUUCCCGUUACACAACAGAUGACGGAGAUGAGCAUUUCCUGUGAAGACGAGGUGGUCUCGCUUAAAGUAGAAGUUCCUGAACCAGUUGUCACUCAGCCGACGGCGUCUUCUGCUCCUCCGAGCACAGCUGAAGAGACCAAAACACCCGAGGCCCUCAAACCCAAGAAGAACAGAUGCUUCAUGUGCCGCAAGAAGGUGGGCCUGACAGGGUUCGACUGCCGCUGUGGGAAUCUCUUCUGUGGACUCCAUCGCUACUCGGACAAGCACAACUGCCCCUACGACUACAAGGCAGAGGCUGCAGCCAAGAUCCGCAAAGAGAACCCGGUGGUGGUGGCCGAUAAGAUUCAGAGAAUAUAACGCGCUCGCCGUCUGCACCUCGACUUCGCGAGAGGUCAGCUACAAGGACUCGCACGUUGACCUGUGAUUCUAAAGACUAGUUUUUUUUAAUUACAAUAUGGGAAAGAAUCUUGUUUCUAUGCCAAUGCAUGAGUGAUCACUGUUUUCAUCUUUCUUUUGCUUUCUGUUGUUGGUAUGAGCUUCAAGUUAAAACAAAUGGGGG